AGGAAAUUUGCUCCAUCUCCAGCAGCAACCACUGCUCCUUUUGAUGUUGUGGUACGCCGUGCGCAUGCGCUUCACAUUAGAAUUACUGCACUGGCCAGAAUAAGUUGGAUCUCCUCUUCACUGAAAACCUAAAUCAUAUCAAAAGCUAAAGGGAUGCUGAGAGUCCGGAAAAAGGGUUACUUUGGGAUUUGGUCAUUCCCUUUAAUAAUAGCUGCGGUGUGUGCACAGAGUGUCAAUGACCCUAGUAAUAUGUCACUGGUGAAAGAGACCGUGGAUAGACUGCUGAAGGGCUAUGAUAUUCGCUUGAGGCCAGAUUUUGGAGGUCCCCCAGUGGCUGUUGGCAUGAACAUAGACAUUGCCAGUAUAGAUAUGGUGUCGGAAGUCAAUAUGGACUAUACCUUGACAAUGUACUUCCAGCAAGCGUGGAGGGAUAAGAGGCUGUCCUAUAAUGUAAUACCUCUAAACCUUACUCUGGACAACAGAGUAGCUGAUCAGCUCUGGGUGCCUGAUACCUAUUUCCUGAAUGACAAGAAGUCAUUUGUUCAUGGUGUCACUGUGAAGAACAGAAUGAUUCGUUUGCAUCCAGAUGGAACAGUCCUUUAUGGACUCAGAAUUACAACAACAGCUGCUUGUAUGAUGGACCUGCGGAGAUAUCCACUAGAUGAGCAGAACUGCACGCUGGAGAUUGAAAGCUAUGGCUAUACAACAGAUGACAUUGAAUUUUACUGGCGUGGGGGUGAUAAUGCAGUCACAGGAGUGACAAAGAUCGAACUGCCACAGUUCUCCAUUGUAGACUACAAGCUUAUCACCAAGAAUGUUGUUUUCUCUACAGGUGCCUACCCAAGGCUGUCUCUCAGCUUUAAACUUAAGAGAAACAUUGGUUACUUCAUUCUGCAGACCUACAUGCCUUCUAUUCUGAUCACUAUCCUGUCCUGGGUUUCCUUCUGGAUUAAUUAUGAUGCUUCAGCUGCAAGAGUUGCUUUAGGAAUCACAACUGUGCUCACAAUGACAACAAUUAACACCCAUCUUCGAGAGACUCUUCCCAAAAUUCCAUAUGUGAAAGCCAUUGAUAUGUACCUUAUGGGAUGUUUUGUCUUCGUUUUCAUGGCUCUGCUGGAGUAUGCAUUGGUCAACUACAUCUUCUUUGGCAGGGGACCUCAGCGUCAAAAGAAAGCAGCAGAAAAAGCUGCCAGUGCCAACAAUGAGAAGUUGCGAAUGGACGUCAAUAAGGACAGAAGAAUAAUUGGCACAUAUCAUUGUCCAGAAAUGUAUUCAACAAAGAUGGAUCCACAUGAAAAUAUUUUGUUGAGCACACUUGAAAUUAAAAACGAGGUGGCUGCCUCUGAGGCUGUGAUGGGGCUUGGGGACCCUAGGAGCACAAUGCUGGCCUAUGACACUUCGAGUAUCCAGUACCGGAAAGCUGGUUUGCCCAGACACAGCUUCGGCCGCAACGCCCUGGAGCGACACGUGGCACAGAAGAAAAGCAGGCUACGGAGACGCGCGUCCCAGCUGAAAAUCACCAUCCCUGACUUGACUGAUGUAAAUGCCAUAGAUCGAUGGUCUCGCAUAUUCUUCCCUGUUGUUUUUUCCUUCUUCAAUAUUGUCUAUUGGCUUUACUAUGUGAACUAAGAGACAAAGCCACACAGGAAGCAAGAACUGGAUUUCUCUUCAAAUCAGUUGUACAGCCAAAAGUGGGACUUGGGAAAAUUCUAUUCUGGACAAAAAGUUAUUUUAAAACACCUUAGUUGCUGGCCCACUCUAUGGUCUGUUUUUAUAAUGUUUUGGUUGUAUCUGCUAAACCGUAUAUAUGUUAAGUUGCAGUUUGGACAUAUCCCCUUAUCAAAAUAUAAGUGCAUUUUGAGUGUAAAGGCAAAUUGGGUUUUGAAAAUCACUUCCGUCUCAUUGUUCUUCACUCUUUUUUUCUUUUCUUUUUUUUAGUGGCCAUUUGUGUUUAGUGAUACAAAAAUUUAUAGAGCAGCAUUUGAGAAACAAGUUUUAAUUUCAACAGCAGUACAUGCCACUCUAGGGAAAGUGCAUAUCCAAGGCAUGCAUAUACACUUAAGGGAGUGUACUGAGUUGUCAUGCUUGUGAAAACACUUACACUUUACUUUUUAAAUGUGUAAACUUGAAAACAAGUAGUGCCUAUCAUCUUUCCAAGAUGAUGAUGGUCAGAGGUUUCCCAACCAUAUUCAGGUAUUUCCUUUUAUUUACUGAAAGAACUGAACCUUUGACUGAUAAUAUUGGGGUUGGGUGUUUGCACAGAAGCUGAAGCAAAAAGCACUAGUUUGUUUGUAUUUUAAAGAGAGAACAUAUGUUCACAGUCACAGUGACUGUGUUUGGGAUUCAAUAGAGGAAUGUAGAGACAGUAUAAAAAUGCAUCAGCACUGCAGGGGUAGAUGCUGCUGGGUUGUGUUGGGGAAACGGAAUCUGUCCAAAGUGCCAAAAUUGAUUGCCUGAAUAGUAAUUCUGUAGAUGGCUGAAGGAAACCAGUGGUUCCCUGACUUUCUCUAGGGCAGGGAGGGAGAGAGAGCAAUUACAAAGUGUAGGGGCAAGGAGACAGGAGGCUACAUAUACAUAAAAGUGUGUGUGUGUGUG